CUUAACUUUUAUAUAUGCUGCUUCUUCAUCUCAACUUCCCUUCGUUACUCCUAUCUUUGUAAAACCAAAAAGCGUAUAAACUUAUCAUCAGCCCACUUCAUUUGAGGCCCAGAUAAUUUGAGAAAUGACUUUUAAUGGUUCAAAUCCAAACCCCAACUCAAACAAAGAACGGCCCAAAUUUCAAAUUACGGUACUACCCCUCCUGCAUAAUCGUUCCGCGAAAAUCUCCCGAGGCUUGGGAAAACCCUAGUCUUCAUGCUCAUCACUGAACUGGUUCGCUUUUCUGAAUUCCCCCCCAUUUUACCCACACUCACACACUAAGGUUUAAUUACUCCGAUUUUCCGAUGUUGUUAACACGAUCACGGACGUUAAUCAAAACCCUAAACCCUCGCAAUGGCUUCAACACUUGCAAAUCCAUUUCCACCUUCCCAAUUCUCUACCAGGAAGCUCAACUCGCUGAAGAAGCGCCACCACAUCCGUCGCAAUCCACCGCCACUCCGUUGCCCCCUAACCCUGCCUCCGGCAGCCCAUAUUACAACCAGAACUGGCGGAACCCUUAUCCUCAACCUCCCCCUCCUUCGCAGACCAAUACCUUGAUUCCGUUGGCGCUCCGAAAUCAAAAUCAUCAAAUGCAGUCGCUUUCACAGUCGUUAGAUGUAAAAGGGUUAAUGGAUAUAUUCGCAGAUUGGAUGACAUCGCAUAGAUGGGUUGAUAUGAAGCAGCUGUUUGAGUUCUGGGUCAGGUCUUUGGAUAAGGAUGGAAAGCCUAAUAAGCCUGAUGUUCAUUUGUAUAAUCAUUAUUUGAGAGCUAAUUUGAUGUGUGGGGCUCCCCCUGUGGAGUUGCUGGACCUCGUUUCACAGAUGGAAGAUUUUUCUGUUGUUCCUAAUACUGCUUCCUUCAAUUUGGUUUUGAAAUCAAUGAGCAUUGCUGGAGAGGCUGACGCCGCCAUGAAAUUGCUUGAAAGGAUGCUCCAGACAGGAAACGAAUCUUCACCGGAUGAUGAAUCAUAUGACUUAGUUCUUGGCAUGCUGUUUCCAAGAAAUCAGAUGGAGGCAGGUCUCAAAUUUUUAGAUUUGGCCUUAAAUUCUGGUUAUACCAUGUCGAUGAAGAUCUUCAAUGACGUCGUAGGGCAUUGUUUGCAAAAGGGGAAAUUGAUCUCACUUGUAUCUGUCCUCGAGAAAUGCAAGAAAAUGGAGCAGAACAAAGACCUCUGUCCAAGUUGGAAUUUGUGCAAUGAAAUUGCGGAUAUUGCAUUGCAAUCGGAUCAUAGUGAACUUGCCUUUUUUUGCCUGCAAUUCAUGGCGAGAUGGAUUGCUCGCGGGGAGAUUGAAAGGCCACCUCUUCUGCGGCCUGUCGAUCAUGGUCUAAUUGUUUCUGCACUUGCAACUGCUGUUAGAACAUAUAAUCCCAAACUCUUGGAAGCUUCGUGGUCCAUCCUAAAGCGAACAUCACGUGGAGAUACUGUCCCAAGCCCUGAAUGUUACCUUGCAAAGAUAUCUGCCUAUUCUUCUCUCGGUAACUUACCGAAGGCUUAUGGUACUCUUCGUGAAUUUGAAGCAGCUCAUGGGAAUCCCAGCGAUGAAGCUUUGCAAGAUCUAUUCUCCCCUUUUACAUCCUUAAAUCCACUGGUUGUUGCAAGCUCCAAGAAAGGUUUUGUAACUUUGGAUGAGGUUUAUUAUCAGUUAGAGAAUUUGAGUCAAGGUGACCCUCCUUAUAAGUCUGUUGCAGCACUGAACUGUAUAAUUAUGGGUUGUGGAAACAUUUGGGAUGUCGAUCGAGCGUACCAGACUUUCAAUGCAAUUGAUGCUAGUUUUGGUUUGACACCGGAUAUUCAUUCAUACAACUCUCUCAUAUAUGCUUUUGGGAAGCUGAAAAAGACAGAAGAAGCUGUGAAGGUGUUUGAUCACUUUGUCAGCUUAGGUUUGAAGCCAAAUGCCACAACAUAUUCUCUGCUUGUUGAUGCACACCUGGUUACAAAAAACCAGAAAGCUGCUCUAUCAGUAAUUCAGGAAAUGGUACAGGAAGGAUAUGUACCAUCGAAGGAAUUGCUGAAAAAAGUCCGAAGGAGAUGUGUCCGGGAGAUGGAUGAUGUUACAAAUAGCAAGAUAGGAGCUUUGGCUUCCCAAUUCAACAUUCGAUUGGGUACUGAGAAUCGACGGAACAUACUAUUUAAUCUCGAGUACAGUACUGAAUCUGCCUGAAGUUUUUCUCUUUUUCUUUUCUUUUCUUUCUUUCUUUUUUUUGGGGGGGGAAACCUGCCUGAAGAUUUUCCAGUAUUGGGCAACUGUAAUUUUAGCAUGCCUCUUAGCAGGAAACCAAUAGAUCGACAUUUUCUUUUUCUUUUUCCUCUUCGAUUAAUAGGCGAGCAUUUUUCUGAAAAUGUUUUGUACGAUUUGUAAAAUGAUUCUAACGUAGAAUACUCCUGUUUUGCUUUUCCAAAAUAAUGUCAAACCUCAGAACUUGCUGUAUGGUUGGAUAA